UUACGCUUCUCACGUUAACAAUUACUAUUUCGUAAAAUACGAAAAAAGAAACGACUGACUAUCAUCUAAAUUGUCUCAUAAUCAGCGGACAGGAAAAAGAUCUUUUGUUGAAUAGGAAGAUGUUACGUACUCUCAGUUGUGUUAAGGAGUUUAUUUUUUUAUCAACGUGGUUGGCAGCCGCAAAAGGAGCUGCCAUCAACUUGGCGGAUGGAAAUUUCAACAUCUCAGGUAAAGGAAUUAAUGGUGAAGGCACCUUCUCAAUAGCCAAUGGCACGUCAGAAAUCAACCUUCACAUGGUCGUAGGAGAAAUGGCUCAAAAACAAGAAGUUGUCAUAGCAGCAGACAAACCAAACCCGGUAAAUUCACUCAAAACAACUCAGAGUGAUCACACAGAGACAGAGCUCGCAUUUACAAAAGAAGAUGAAGAGUUUCUGGACGAAAUGGCAGAGGAACAUAACAAGCUCCGUUCAGUUCAUCUAGCUCCUCCACUGAUGAAGAACAGAAACAUGUCACUUCAAGCUAAGGCUCUCGCGAUUCAACUUGCAGCGGAAGCAAACCUACGUCAUUCAGAUAAAGCUAGUCGUCCAGACCAAGGGGAAAACUUAGCCAUGGGAUGCACUUCCUCUGGCCCAGGGAUCACAGCUAAAGAUGCAGCGAAGGAAUGGUAUGAUGAGGUAUGUAGUCACAAUUUCUACAAUCAGGCUUACCAGGACAAGUCUGGUCAUUUCUCACAGCUUGUGUGGAAUGCUACAAAAGAAUUAGGCGUUGGCAAAGCCACGGGGACCAAAUUUGGCAUGAACUGCACCUUUAUAGUUGCCCGCUACAGACCUCUUGGCAACAUCGGGUCAGAGUUUGCCAACGAUGUGAGCAAAGGACACUUUGAUUCAUCUUAUUGCAGCAAUGUUCAGCGUGAUGUGUUACCUCAUCAUGGGGAGAAGUCCACCCUCGCUUCCAGAAAGAACAGAUACAGGACCAAAAUACCGCGUUUUCCAAAAAUUAUAAUUUUGUAAACAUUGACUGAGACGUUUCUUGAUGAAAACUACCGAGAAAUGAUUUCAGCUUGGAUGUCUUUGAAAAUAAAGAUUUGUAACAGAAGUGAAAGUAGUCGCUCACUCAAAGCAGUUUGGACGCUUUGAGAUUGUCGAAUGUCUUAAUUUGAUUGUUUGCAUCCCUUUAUUAGUCAAUUCUUCAAACGUGUU